AUGAAUGAGGAAGAAUUGUUGAAACGGUCUGCUGCAGAGCGCGAUAGGAUUUUCAGCUGCUAUGACCGUGGACGGGAAGGUGCUGAGAUUGAUCCUUGGGAGGAUCCUGGCUAUGAGGUCUAUCAUGCUACGGAUAGAUAUGGAUUUAUACACGAUAAGAGAUUACCACAGAAGCCGGAUGCAUAUGAGGUCAAAUUGCACCACGUGGAGAUGGAGAGGCUGAAGAAAUGGGAGAAGAUGACGAAACAGUGGGACAGUGCCUCGACUAAGGAGAAACUACGUCGUAGGAUAUAUAAGGGAAUUCCUAACAGAUUUCGCGGUCAAGUAUGGGCCCUGCUUCUGGGAAUAAAGAACCUGAAGAAGGAGCAGGCGGGCAAAUACGAGGAAAUGUUGCAACUAGCUCGCCAAUGGUCCACGGAGAUACGGCAGAUCGACGCCGAUGUCGCCAGACAAUACAGAGAUCAUGUUAACUAUAGAGAGAGAUAUAGCAUAAAACAAAAGUCUAUGUUCUAUGUACUGGCCGCCUACAGUAUGUAUAAUAUGGAAGUAGGAUAUUGCCAAGGAAUGUCCGUACUAGCUGGUCUGCUGUUGCUCUACAUGGAUGAGGAAGACGCUUUCUGGGGCCUUUCUGUGUUACUUGCUGAUCAAAAAUACAGCAUGCAUGGCUUUUAUGUUGACGGAUUUCCAAAGUUAAACCGCUUCAUAGAGCAUCAUGACAAGAUAAUGAACAAAUUUUUGCCAAAACUGAAACGGAAGAUGGACAAGUGCGGCUGCGAUUCCAUACUCUAUGCAUUGAAGUGGUUCUUCGUUGUCUUUCAGGAGAGAACUCCCGUUAGCCUCGGUCUUCGCAUUUGGGACAUAUUUUUGCUGGAUGGUGACCGCAUAUUGCCGGCGAUGGCGUAUACUGUGAUGAAACUGCACAAGCGCUAUCUCAUGCCCCUGGAGAGCCUCGAUGAGUUCUGCAAUUAUUUGCAGAUCAAGUUGGAAAAAGAUUUCACCUUUGAUGACGACACCGUGAUACAUUCGAUGGAGCGCAGUAUGGAGGAGUUGAAGCGUGCCAAAUUAGACUACCCGGGUAGCCCGUUACCGCACGAAUUACCCCGUUAUCCAUUUGGCACUUUCCAGGAACCUACCUUUACUAGCAAGGUUGGAAGACGAAGUGAGGAAUUUAGCGAAGCACAGCAUGUAAUGCGAGAAUCCGUGGCACAGCGCAGGGAUAUGGCACUGAUUGACGAUGGCAGAGAGAGCACGACACCUGUCGAGCCAACUAGUGGUCUUGGCGGAAGUAAAUUUUCCUUCGAUCCGAGCCUCGAUGGCGAGGGCGCGUCUCCCAACGGCUCUCGCCGAUCGCUAGCUGAGACGUCGGUGACAUCGACAGCCGAUUUGUCAGUGUUCAGCUCGGCGACCCGUUCUCAGGCCCUGGACAACAGCCUGGACACUCAAAGCAAUAUCUCGAACGCGAGCUCGGGCAGUGGUGGCUUGCCAACACCGCGAGCGACACCGCAUCAGCCUAGCCCGGAUGUAGUGCGGAUCUACGUGCCGUACACGUCGCCCACGUACACGUCGUCGGCGGUGGCCUCCUACAAGGACGACCUGCCGCGCACACUGCCCCGUUCAUUGGACACCAACAAGAUCCGCAUCCGCGUUGAUCCAGACCAGACGCCCAUUGUCGAAAAUCUGAAGCCAUUCACGCUGGAGAGUCCGGAAGUAGAAUUGGACUUGAAGUAAAGAGUGAGUCAAUCAAAGUCAAAUCGAAUUGUUUACGCGAAUGUGAAGUCGUAAAUGGCCGUGAUGUGCGUUUGAUACGCCUGGGCGUCCUAGAAGUCGCGCCAGUUCCUGGCCAAUAGGAGAGCAAUAUCAUGACGUUAAAGGCAUCCAUUCGAGAAACUUCUUUUCUUUUUGAGUGAUUGAUCGAACAUUGAGAGCAUCAAUGUUGCUAAAUAUAACUAGCAUGUUUAAUAUUCUAAUGUUUAUAUCAAUGUAGAUUAAUUUCAAUCUUGAUAAUUUACUUUUUAUCUUUUCCGAAUAAGAAUUAGAAAAAGUUUUGAACCUUUCGUGGUCAUUGAUUCUAUCAACAUAAAAGGCUUCCGAAUGGAUGCCCUGUUUGGCUGUUUCAAUACGCAGCAUUCAUCGGGAAGCCUUUCAUAUUAAAUUAGAAAAAGAUUAAAAAAUGAGUUAAAUCGAAAUUAAUUAAUAUACAUUGGUGAAAAUGUAUAUUAUAAGGCCUGUUUGCGUAAAUUAACUUGAAACUCAAUUUAAGGUUACUCUCUAUCUUUUUGUAGUUCUAAAAGUAAAAAAAUGGAUAGAAACUAAGUUAAAUACUACGAUUAAAGUUAAUCUGCAUAGGUACAAACAGAUCUGAUUCUUAGUGUGUAUUGCACAUAUUUUUUUUUGUCUCUCUUAGAAAAUAAAACAGCUAAUUCGAGUCCCUUGUGUCAAGUACAUUUGAUAUUAAAGAUUUGAUAUUAAAGAUAAAAGAUCUGCAUAAAUUUUAUUCUAAGGUAUUUUCAAGAAUAAUGCGCGACUUCUGGCAUACCCUCUACAUGUAUACUCUGCGACAAAUCUGUGCGUACAUGACAAAGGAAAGAACAAUAACAAAUACGAAAACUAUUGUGUUAAAAAUCUCAAGAGAUCUCUUUAUAGAAAGCGUCAAUUGAUGAAUUAAGAUUUAGAAGUGAAAGAAAAAUUAUCGCGUUGUACCGUUUCUAGAACGUAAUCUUAAAUACCUAUUGAUUAUGAUCUUUGAUAUCCUUUAUUCUUAUAGAAUUACAUUUCAA